AAAGAACUAUUUAAACAAACAAAAAUAAUAAUGAUACAGUACUUGUACAAACCUAGAACCAAUGGUCCAAUGUAAAAUCAAUUUGAAAAACUAACGCCCAUUUAUUUUGAAAAGAACUGUGCUUUUUCCGGAAUAGAUUUCUGUCACUUAACGAGGCUGACCAUUGGUCGAAAAUGUAAGCCUAGAAAAGCCGGCGGCAGAAGAGUAACUCUUAUAUCUCUUCUCGGUUCUAAACUAACUGCCCUACAUAGGACAGAACCUAAAAUGCGCUUAUUUUGCUUAACUUGAUAUUGAAACAACAUUUUACGCAUGAGAUAGCUCGAUUUGGAAGCUACGUUAGCCUUGAAGCUAACUUGCGUAUUCUGGUGCCGAACGCUGUGGAAUGUCUUGAGAUACCAAGCCUGGAGCGCAAUAAAAAAUGCUCCACCUGCCAUACAGCGUCCUGGAGCGGGAUCAACCCCUCAUCCGAAUUUCCUUCACCACCUUUGUUAUCGGGAUGCUUCUUCUCCCUGUGACUGGCCUUACAUUGUCACUCUUCAUCUCUAUUAUUUACCAUUUUGAAGAUGCCAACUACACGCACUGUCAUGUAGACAACUACCUCCCAUCCAUCAGUGCCGCCAUUAGCCGCGUGCCAGAGCUCUACAUCUGGCGGUUUUGCAUCGGGCUGCACUCGGCGCCACGAUUCCUGUUGGCUACCACUUACUUCUCUUUUUACCGCCUUCGCUUUGCCGCCGCGCUGCCAGAGCUGCUCCUCAGCUGGCUGGCGUUCGUAUGCAACCUGGUCGAAAACUCUGCCCUUCUGCUGCUCACCUAUGUGUCAUCCACAGAGGACUACGACAUUCAUAAAGGCGCCUUUAUCGCUUUCAUUGGGAGCUCAACUCUCUACAUGCUUAUUACAUGUAGGUUGUGGUAUGUGAUCAAGAGUCACUAUGUGAAGAAAGAGGAACUGAUGUCGUUCAGGUGGAAGUUGCGUCUGCUCCUGUUCAACUUGAGCUGCUGCUUGGCUGCCGCCUACUUCUUCAGACGCCACAACAAACACUGCGAGGCUGGAGUCUACACGCUGUUCGCGCUCUGCGAGUACCUGGUGGUCUUCUCCAACAUGGCCUUCCACACCACGUCCAUCUUAGACUUUGGAAAAGAAUCUGUCAUGGUGACCGUAUUGCCUGAAGACAAACGAUAUUGAACUGCACAGGAAGAAGUUGAUUGUUUUUUUUUUCUAAUCAGUUUUAAAAAAAAAAAAAAAAAAAAAAAAAAAAAAACAUUGUAUAUAAAAUGUAUGUAUAAAUGAAAAACAAAUUUUCAAAAGAUUCCUUAGUCAACUUUCCUUCAAACAAUUGAAGGUACUCGCGUACCGCCCAUCAUUUGACUGUUUUGUUUGGGGUUAUACUGCUCCCAUAGUAGUUUUCCUUCCUCCUGGGCAUAUCCAAGCUAGGCGGUUGCCUAGGACGCCAUCUAGUGGCGCGGGCGCCAAAUUGCUUUGGGGAAAAAAAAUACACUGAAAAAAUUCUCUCAUUCCAGAAUGUUUUCUAACAUAUCAAGUACAUUUAAAUCGACUACAUUUAAAAAUACUUUCCAUUUCCAACCUGGAUUUUAGUAGCCAUCUGCUAAUUUGUGGCACAUUUGAGGCAGGAAGGAACAGUCCAUGCUUACUGUAUGUAAGCAGAUCCACUUUACAAAAAUAAUGCACACGUGAUUAUAUCAAAGUCAUUCAAACAAACAUUUUCUAAACAAAACAAAAAAGUUCACAUCAAACUAAAUGGCACAACUAGCAAUUAAUGAAACAACCGAAACAAUAAAUAAAUAAUUAGCACAGAACUUGUUUUAAAUGUUAUUUCCAUCUGUAGUGCGGCAAUGCAUGCUGAGAAGCAUGUUGUACGACAACAGUGUUGACAGCAGGUGGCAGCAGAGAUCUCUCAAGGGAAGUAAAAUUUACAUUUAGCAGUGGUGGACAAAUGGUAAAUGGUGUUAUACUUAUAUCGCUUUUCCACCUUUCAAUGAAGCUUCUUGAAGCAAAGAAGCUUUGCAUUAGUUGGCUGCAAAGCCAAAUAAUGGUUCAUUUGCUCUAUGGUGCAAUCAAGUGGUCAUGAAGCCCAAGAGGCAAAGUGUUGAGAUUUCUAUGGGUAUUUAUUUAAGAAAAUGAUAUGAAUGUGCUUGUGUGAAUGUGACCAAAAAGCAACAAGUGCUAUAAAGAUAAUUAAAAAUAAUUUGCUAAUUGCUAUUCAUUUAUAUUUAGAAACAGUAGCUUUUACAGUGUUUUGGCAAAAUAUAAAAUAUUUAGAAUAUACUGUAUAUAUUGUUAUUUUUUGGGGGGGCACCUAGUCACCCAGGGCCGGACCUGCAUUAUGCUGCAAAUUUAUAACGUCUUGAUCAGAUUAUUUUUCUUAAAUCUAGUCAAAUACUUUUCUCCAUCUUGUUUUAAGUUUUAAAGACUAGUUUACAGAUUAAUGCGUCGGAUUAUUCCAUUUACUUUACAUUUACAUUUGUUUUUAUGAAACCCAUACACAUAAAAGUUAGUAAUUUUUCACCUAAAUAAAGAAAUAAUUGCUUUCAACUAAUAUUUUGAACAAUAUCUAUUCCUGAAUUUAGAACAUUUCUGACAAACAAGCUUUUUUUUACGAUUAAAUAAACGAAUGUAUUGCUGAAAAUUAGUCUGUUAAGCCUAUUUUCAACUAGCUAUUCUUAUUUCCAAAAAUCUGAGUAAAAUUUUGUUAAAUUAUUCUUUUAUUCCAGACAAUUGUUUUAGGUUGUUUUAUUGACCUGACAUGUUUCGGCGACUACUUCCGCCUUCAUCAGAGUGUCACUGAUGUUGGUGUGAUGCGUCUUUAUCAGCUGAUGGAUGAAGGCGUAACUUACCUGUCAGAUUUGACAGGCGAGUCACGCACUCUGCUGACCAUUCACUCUUCCAGGAUGCUGGUUCAAGUAGAGGAGAGCAUGACGCCCCCUCGUCCCUGUUGAUGGUCCUCGGGCCCCGCUUGCGGAUUUCAAUGGCCUCCCUCAUCCAGCGCUGAUGUUUGUUUUCUUUGGCGCAGAUGACUGGCCUUUUCCCAGUCCAUUAUGUGGUUUGUUAUGUGUGCAGUCAUCAGUGAUGGCUGACUUGUGGUGUUCCUGUUGCACUUGUUCGUUUACUGCUUUUGUUUAUCUUAUUGCUGUCUCCUUGUUACACUCCUUCUUGUGUUCUGUUUUUCAUGUAAUAAAGCUCCUCCCUGUCUCCCCAAUGUAUGAUUUAUUGCAUGAUUUGCAUGGAAUUUCAUAGAUGGAGUUGCAUUUGUUUUCUGGGUUGAUUUUGUCCUUUGGAUGGACCAAUAUCUGGCAGAGUGUUGUCUGUGGUCUGACUGGUGUGUUUAUGUUCUAUUUUUUCAUGACUCUUUGGAUACGUUCCGCGACUCCUCAAACGUACGGCAAAGUCACCAUAUCUCUGUGUUCUUGUCACAAUUGUCUGGGAUAAAAGAAAAAUUCAAGUAAUCUAUAUGUGUAGACAAAAUGAUCACAAUACAACUGAGUAAAAUUUACUUGAAGCACAAGCAGAUAAUUAUACUUAUCUCUAGUAGAUUUACACCGAAAGCAAGGGAAUUUAACUAAUUUUAAGGAGGUGUAUUUUUAAAGUGUACACUUCUGGCCAAAAGUAUUGGCACCCCUGCAAUUCUGUCAGAUAAUGCUCAAUUUCUCCUGAAAAAUUAUUGCAAUUACAAAUGCUUUGGUAGUCAUAUCUUCAUUUAUUUUGCUUGCAGUGAAAAACACAAAAAAGAAUGAAUUUUUUUUUUUAAAUCAUUAUCAUUUUACACAAAACUCCAAAAAUAGGCUGGACAAAUGUAUUGGCACCUUCAGCCUCAUACUUGGUAGCACAACCUUUAGACAAAAUAACUGCGAACAACCACUUCAGGUAUCCAUCAAUGAGUUCUGCUGGAAUUUGAGACCAUUUUUCUUUGGCCAACUGCUCCAGGUCUCUUGAGAUUUAAAGGGGGCCAUCUCCAAACUGCCAUUUUCAGAUCUCUCCACAGGUGUUCUAUGGGAUUCAGGUCUGGACUCAUUGGCCACUGUAGAAGACUCCUGUGCUUUCUUUAAAACCAUUUUCUAGUGCUUUUUGAAGUGUGUUUUGGGUCAUUGUCCUGCUGGAAGACCCAUGGCCUGUGAGGGAGACCCAGCUUUCUCACACUGGGCCCUACAUUAUGCUGCAAAAUUUGUCUUCAUACUUCAUAAUGCCAUGCACACGGUCAAGCAAUCCAGUGCCGGAGGUAGCAAAGCAACCCCAAAACCUCAGGGAACCUCUGCCAUGAUUGACUGUGGGGACCGUGUUUUCUUUGAAGGCCUCGUUUUUUCCCCCUGUAAACUCUGAUGUUGAUGCAAUUUUCCAAAAAGCUCUACUUUUGUCUCAUCUGACGAGGGAACAUUCUUCCAAAACGUUUUUGGCUUUCUCAUGUAAGUUUUGGCAAAUUUCAGGCUGGCUUUUUUAUGUCUGUGGGUCAAAAGUGGGGUCUUCCUUGGUAUCCUACCAUAGAGUUCCUUUUCAUUCAGACGCCGACGGAUAGUAGGCCUACGGGUUGGCACAUGUAUACCCUCGGAAUGCGGGACAGCUUGAACUUGUUCGGAUGUUAGUUGAGGUUCUUUAUCUACCAUCCUAGGUAGACACAGGAACAUUCAGGUCUUUGGAGAUGGACUUGUAGCCUUGAGAUGUUUCCUCACAAUUUUCCUUCUCAAGUCCUCAGACAGUUCUUUGGUCUUCUUUCUUUUCUCCAUGCUCAAUGUGGUACAUACAAGGACUCAGGACAGAGGUUGAGUCAACUUUAAUCCAUUUUAACUGGCUGCAAGUGUGAUUUAGUUAUUGCCACCACCUGUUAUGUGCCACAAGUAAGUAACAGGUGGUGUUAAUAACACAAAUUAGAGAAGCAUCGCAUGAUUUUUCAACGAGUGCCAAUACUUUCGUCGGGCCCAUUUUUGGAGUUUUGUGUAAAAUGAUAAUGAUUUUAUUUUUUUUUCAUUCUCUUUUGUGUUUUUUCAUUGCAAGCAAAAUAAAUGACGAUUUUACUACCAAAGCAUUUGUAAUUGCAAUCAUUUUCUGGGAGAAAUUAUUAUCUGACAGAAUUGCAGGGGUGUCAAUACUUUUGACCAGAAGUGUAUAAGUGUGGUCAAAAUGAACUCAAUACAAAUGAGUCAAAUUUACUUGAAGCACUGGCAGAUAAUUUCACUUAUGUCUAGAUUUAAAAAUUGAAAACAAGGGAAUUCAACUAGUUUUAAGGAGAUGUGUUUUUGCAAUGCACAUUAUAUGUACAUAUCAUCCUCACCAAUGUCGCGGGGGUGCUGGAGUCGAUCCCAGCUAACUAUGGGCACAUUAAAUGUUAACUUAUUAACUGCCCUUGACAAUAAUAGACCCACUACCAUGUGCACAAAGGUAAAACACACUCCAAAAUUCCAAAUUGUAUGUAUGCCAAAGAAUCAAGUGGCGUUUCCAGUUCAUACAGGAGGAACAAAUCUUAUUUUUCAACUCAUUGCCUGGCAUUGGACAUCUACUAGUGGUAAACUGUCAUUUAUUUUCAUUUUAAAGAAACACGGUGGAGGCCUGUGUGAUGAUCAAAUAUUUAUUAAUAUAGUAUAGGCCUUUUGACAGCCCUUCUGUUUUAUUUUCGGUUUUUCUUAUAGCUUGGGAGGGGAAAAAAAGGUCUGCAUACAGGAAGAGAAAGCGACUUCCCAUCUCUGAGGAGUUGCUGGAAACUGGACAAUUGGCGCCAUCUUCCUCCACGGUAGCCUCUGUGGGAAUUAUUUUUCUUGCUUACCGUUUUUCAUGAAGAAAAUGAUAAAAAUCUGAAAAAAUUUUGCACUUGGAACAUUCCAACUUCUAAGAUUUCAUGGAAUUUGUUUAGUCGCUCAUUGGCUGCCACUGAGUGUGUAAUCCGUUUUAACAUAGACUUCAUAAUGAUAUUGACGGGUCAGAUUCCGCCUUCACUGCGCCAAGCGUUCAAGAAGGGAGCCAUCCCACAAUCCGCUUCAGAUAUUCGCAGUCAGUUGCAGCGACACAUGCUGCCAUGCCAAUGCCGGAUUUCUGUUGAAAAAGUACGAAAGCUGUACCGCAUACAAACAGGAAGGAUUGUCUCAGGAGUGAUUUGUUGGAGGAUUCAAGGUAAUUAUUAUAUUUCUCAAGAAAUAAAUUCUUUUACACAAUAAUUUUCAACGUAAAAAGCUCUUUGUUGUAAGGCUGCUGCCACAUUGUCUGACAGACUAGCAUAAUUCUUCAACAUAUUUACGUAAAAUAAAUGCUAACUGCACGUUCUUUUUUUGUGUGCUUUUAACCAAGACUCGAGACUGUUUUAUGUCCAUAUCUAUAAAGAAUUCAGGGAUUUAAGCAUUUAUUCACAAGAAUUUUCACCAGAAAAGCUCUCUUUACAUUUGUAGCCGCCACAUUGACUAGCACACUAGCAUUGUACUUUGACAAAUUUACGUAAAAUA